AAACCCACAAACAAUUAUUUUAAAGAGGCUCUGUAGAGGUCCAUAAAUUGAGAGAUAUAAAUGUCACAAGUACAUACCCAAAGUCCUCCAUAGAAAACCAAAAAAGAAGAAUCAUCAUCAACAAGAAUAGAGAGAAGAAAGAAAAAGAAAGAUGGGAAUACAAGAAGAAAGUAUCAGAAAAGGGCCAUGGACAGAACAAGAAGAUUUUCAACUUGUGUGCUUUGUAGGCUUAUUUGGUGAUCGGCGAUGGGAUUUCAUCGCCAAAGUAUCAGGUUUGAAAAGAACCGGAAAAAGUUGUCGCCUCCGUUGGGUUAAUUAUCUCCACCCUGGUCUUAAGCGUGGUAAAAUGACUCCACACGAGGAGCGUCUAGUUCUCGAACUCCACUCCAAGUGGGGAAACAGAUGGUCGAGAAUUGCUAGGAAGCUUCCUGGACGAACAGAUAACGAAAUAAAGAAUUUUUGGCGAACCCACAUGAGAAAAGUAGCACAAGAGAAAAAGAAGAAAGACGUAGUUGUUGUGUCGCCAUCGACUUCAUCGACCAUCGACUCAGUCCCAACGACGAUUGAGAUUGGAGAAGAAAGCUUCUACGACAGCGGGGGGAAUCCGUCAGAAGAACAAAAGGGUUAUUGUUAUACCAUGGAUGAUAUUUGGAAAGACAUUGAAGAUCAAAGUACUAAUGUUAUGAAGCCACUUUGUGAUGAUCAAUCCUAUGGCAACUUCGUCAGCUGCGGUCCGGUGGUAUCACCACUGUGGGAGUAUGGUCAAUACUCGCCAUGGAAGACGGUUGAGGAAGACAACAAGCUAUAUGCAGCAGCAGGGAUGAAUAGUAAUAUUUAUGAGCAUGGAGAGGGUGUUGUUUUAAUAACUCAAAACUAAAGGAUUUGAUUCAUUUAAAUUUGUUAAUAGGGAGAGAGAGGAGAGAGAGAGAGAGAGAAGGGCUAUCAAACAUUAUGGUAUGUUUUUGUAUUGGAGGAUAAGGGAAAGCUCUGACCUGUAUAGCAUUGGAGUUUCCUUUAGACUUUAAUUGUUGCAUCUCAUGCAUCUCUUUUACAAUAUCCCCACUUUUAAGUUUCUGUGUGCUAUCUUUCCAAUUUUUAGAUGAAACAAAGAAAAAUUUCCUCUCUCUCUCUCAA